CCUGAGGCUGCUCUGCUCUUUCCCAUAACUCCGAAACUAGAGGAGGAAGAGGAAGAAUAGGAGGAGAACAACAACAGAGCGAAAGAGAGGGGUGCUUAAACAGUGGUUAAACCCCCCCUUCUUCCCCGGUUCUCCUACUCCUCGGUUCUCCUCCGGUAUGUCUCAGCAGCAGCAGGUGGCAGCGGCGGGUGCGGUGGUGGGGGUCGGGGUCUCCGCGGCGGCGGCGGCGGUUUUACAGCCCCAGCAGCAGCAGCAGCUCAGCCAGCAGCAGGACUUCGACCCGGUCCACCGCUUCAAACUGCUCAUCCCCCAGCUCAAAGAGAGCCUGCAGAAUGUUAUGAGCAUCGCUUCACAGAAUUUUGCAUACAAUACAUCAAUAGAUAACGGAGUGAAGAGUAACGACGCUACAGUUCAGCGCUUUGAUAAGAGUUUGGAGGAGUUCUACGCUCUCUGUGAUCAGCUUGAGCUCUGCUUGCGACUCGCCCACGAGUGUCUCUCCCAGAGUAUCGACAGCGCCAAACACUCGCCCAACCUGGUUCCCACAGCGACCAAACCAGACACGGUCCAAACCGAGUCCCUGUCCUACUCUCAGUACCUCAGCAUGAUCAAGUCUCAGAUCUCCUGCGCUAAGGACAUUCACAACGCCCUGCUGGAGUGUUCCAAGAAGAUCGCCGGGAAGGGCCAGCAGCAGGGCAUCCUUUAACCAACAACCCAGCAUCCAGGAACAGAGGGGUUUACACAACACCAAUAAAGACGCUCGGAAUAUUAUACUAUGUUACAUUUUGGUAGAUUUGUAGGGGAAAUAAAUGCACAAUUUUUUUGAUAAACAUUUUUCAAAUGAAA